AUGAAGCAACACAGACCCAGUAUCCUGCUUGUUGAGGCACAAGCAACCAGCCAACAAUCUCUCGAGCGUCGAUGUGCCUGUGCCUGUGUCAGUAGCAGCCAUGAUCCUACCCUUCAACCUCGAACUUUGGGUCGCGAGUGCCUUGUUAGGGAAUCCUACUACAACAGCGUACACAUUUUUUCAUCUAUAGAGUUCCCCACAAGAGACGCGAGGAGGCACGGGCACCUCAGCCACCGAAAAGCAUGGCCCAACGAGCCAUCCUCCCAGACACGAUUGCAAUGUACGCCUCCAGGUGUCAAGUAUAAGCUGACCUGUUCCAAUAUCGAGCGUUCGACAACUUCCCCGCCACCCGCUCACACGAAGACGAUGCGUCUCUCUGCUCUUCCGUUUGGGCUGGGGAUGCUCCUCCUCGCCUGGUCCACCCAUGCCCUCGUCGCACUCUCUCCAAAUGCUCCGAUCGGAAGGCAUCACAUCGUACACGAACAACACGCCCUUUCGCCCCUCGCUUCUGGCUGGACUUGCACCCGUCGACUCGCACCCCACACCAUUCUGCCUCUGCGCAUCGGUCUCGCCCAACAAAAUCUGCACCGCCUCGAGGAGCUCCUCCACGACGUCUCUCACCCCGAGUCGCCAAAUUACAGUCGGCACCUGACCCAGGCGGAGGUAGUUGCGAUGUUCGCUCCUAGCCAAGAGACAAUUGACGCUGUGAGGGGGUGGCUGGAAGGCGAGGGCUUUGGACGGGACAGGAUGAGGCUGUCAGCAAAUAAGGGCUGGGUGCUGGUGAAUGCAACGGUGGGAGAGGUUGAAGAACUGCUGAAGGCUGAGUACCAUGCCUACGACCACCCCUCUGGGAAAAGGCAAUUUGGGUGCCACAGCUACUCUGUGCCCGCACACCUCCGCUCACACAUUGACCUCAUCAAGCCCACCGUGCACUUCAACUACGCCCUCAGCAAUCGCCAGCCCAGCCAUCUCAGGAAACGCGGUGGAAACCUUGGCCAGCCCUCUGUCUUCCGUGGGCCUAAAAAGUCGGAUGAUCGUGGCCGUCCUUCUCAAAUCAAGGCGGGGUUGGAAACAUGCGAUGAGUCUAUUACGCCGGAAUGCUUGAGGGCGCUGUACUCGAUUGACUAUAAACCGAAGGCAGUUGAGAACAAUAGUUAUGGAAUAGUUGAAUUUACGCCUCAGGCCUAUCUAGCCGAAGACCUCGACCUCUUCUUCUCACUGGAGGAUUCCUCGCUGGGUCUUAUCGGCACCCGACCUAACACUGUGCUAAUCGACGGGGCUGUCGUGCAAACGACCGACGUAGGUUUCCAGUUCAAUGGAGAGAGCGACCUGGAUCUCGAAUAUGCCAUGGCCUUGGUUGCUCCUCAACCUGUCACUCUUUUGCAAACCGGCGAUCUCGUUGAAGGUGCCGGGUUCGAUAACUGGCUCGAUGCUGUUGACAGCUCAUUCUGCACCUUCGAAGGUGGGGAUGAUCCUGAGCAAGAUGGGGUUUAUCCCGAUACGCAGCCUGAUGGCUACAAUGGCCCCGAAUCAUGCGGCAUUGUUGCGCCGCCUCAUACCGUCUCGAUAUCUUAUUUGCAGGACGAGCACACGGUGACUUCUGCCUUCGCUAAUAGGCAAUGCGCUGAAUAUGCGAAGCUCGGUCUACUGGGCACAUCUGUACUCCACAGCAGUGGCGACAACGGUGUUGCCGGAAAUGAAGGUAUCUGUCUCGAUGCGAACCAUCAACCUGUUCAGAAUGGUACUGGCACUGUCUUCAAUCCGGGAUUCCCUGCUUCUUGUCCAUUCGUCACUGCCGUCGGAGCGACCCAAAUCAACCCCGGAUCGACAGUCAACGACCCAGAGGUUGCCUGCGAACAAGUUAUAUACUCCGGCGGUGGAUUUUCGAACAUCUUUCCUCUACCGUCCUUCCAAGCAGAUGCAGUUACGACUUACCUGAAGCUUCAUCCACCGCCGUAUACAAAUGGCGAAUUCAACAAUAGUGGAAAUGCACGGGCUUUCCCCGACAUCUCCGCGAACGGAGCAAACUACGUCAUCGCCGUCGAUGGGCAAUUGGAACGCGUGUUCGGGACGUCCGCCUCGUCGCCCGUGGUAGGCUCCAUAAUUACCUUCGUCAACGACGCGCGACUCGCAGCAGGAAAGCGCCCGCUCGGGUUUCUGAACCCUCUGAUAUACUCUCCACUCUGCCAGCAAGUGCUCAACGACAUCACGAAGGGUGGAAACCAGGGAUGUGGGACUCCAGGGUUUAAUGCGACCGAAGGUUGGGAUCCUGUGACUGGUGUCGGAACACCUAACCUUUCGAAACUAAUGAAGCUCGCUCUCGCUUUGCCUUGA